AUGCCGUCUGCAAAUGAAGUCGGUCGUUCGUCGUUCAACUAUGCACUGGUUCGGUCCGCUUUCGAACAGGCAUUACAGAUUCUCAAAGGCGUUUUCAUCCGUGAUAGACGUUGUGGUGCCGAUUGGCGACGUUUUUACAAGGGAAGUAUGAUGUCGUUAAUUAUGCCCUUCACUCAGGAACAGUUACAGUACAGGAACUGGUUGAAGGUAUGCGCUUCGCAAGGCCAAUCGAUAAAUCGAUUCCUUAGCUCAGCGACUAUUAAGGGAAAUAACUUCAUUUUCAUUCAGAGUUUCGUCCUCGAAUAUAAAGAGCCAGAGCUACCGCCUUCGACAGUGGUGUGCAAUACGCUCCUUGCGCCGUCGAUCGAUUUGGCGAAGUGUGCUCUCCAGCAGUACAUUAUGUCCUUACCACGUAGCUCGAGGCCGUUAGAAAUCGUUGAUCCACGAGAUUUGGAGCGAAUGUCGACGGCGGCCACAUCGCCAUCGCAUGAGAAUGGCAGUGAGAUGACGUGCACGUCAAGCUCAGCUUCAGAUGCUGCUGGCCCCGUCGUCAAUGGGCCAAUAGAUGAAACUGAUCGAUCAACGACGGCAUCAGUGAAGAGCGAUUCAUCAGAACCUGUCAUUGAAAAGGUAGGACAGCUGUUCCAAGUAUUUUUGUGUUAG